AUGAGGCCUGUCCUAGAAACGCGGUGCCUCCUUUCCCUCCAGCCAGGCACCAUCGAGCAGGCCGUCAAUGAGAUCCGCCUGGUCGUCAUGCCCAGCGAGGACGGGGAGGUGCAGAGCGUGUGGCUGCUGACAGAGAUUGAUCACUGGAAUAAUGAGAAGGAGCGCCUGGUUCUUAUCACCGACUGGUCUCUUCUGAUCUGUAAAUAUGACUUCAUCAACCUGCAGUGUGAGCAAGUGACUAGAAUAUCGCUUAAUGCAGUUGAUACAAUUUCUGUUGGAGAAUUUGAGUUCCCACCUAAAUCACUGAAUAAACGAGAAGGUAUUGGUAUUCGAAUUCAAUGGGAUAAGCAAAGCCGUGCCUCCUUCAUAAACAGAUGGAAUCCAUGGUCCAAAAACGUGCCAUAUGCUACUUUUACAGAACAUCCAAUGGCAGAUGCUGAUGAGAAGAUUGCAUCACUUUGCCAAUUGGAAAACUUUAAGACUCAAUUAAUUCAAGCAGUGAAGAAAGCCCAUAAAGAGUGUCCACUGCCAGGAAGAGCUAAUGGAGUACUAGUCCUGGAGCGGCCUCUUCUCAUUGAAACUUAUGUGGGAUUGAUGUCCUUCAUCAACAAUGAGGCCAAACUUGGCUAUUCCAUGACAAGAGGCAAAAUUGGAUUUUAAAUUCACAGUAUUUAAUCUGUGCCAAGAAGAAGUGAUUUCAAGGUGGGAGUUUACCAUGUAGCAAAUUACUGCAGAGCAACAAAAGAAAAAAGCAUAUAAACAGAAAAGGGAUUGGCUAGCUGUAAAAUGAACAGUUAACAGAAAUCACUUUACUGUUAUAAAGAUUACUAGAAUCUUCAGUCAAAUAGACCUCAGGUGGUCACAAGCUAAUUGCAUUCUUGUACUUACUGGUUCAUAUGGAGGUUUAGUAAGCUGUGAUAUUUUCUCUUCCGUUUCUAGCUAUACACCUUUCCCUGCUAAAUGUAAAACUUGUACUCCCCAUAUUACUAUCUAAUAUAGUCGCAUGUUCAUACCAUAUUAUAAUUGUAUCAUGUAAAUCCAUAGCUGUUAAAUCAUGUCACUGUGUUUUGAGACUACUAGUGAGGAGGUAGUAAAUCUAGAUUAUAUAAUAGUCUCAGAAAUUGGGCUAAUUCAAGCAUGGAGUCUUUUUAAGCCUUCGUUCUUUACCUAACCAAUGAGUCAGCAAAUUUGUUCAAAGCUGAACCCUUACACCUUCUCAUUACCAGAAUUGAACUGUUGCUAUGUGAACUGAAACAUAUGAAUUUGGAGUGAUUUUACUAGCCUUUAAAAAAACAGCUAUAUCUGAAUGUGUUAUAAAUUGUAGAUUCCUCCUUUAUGCAUUUCACUGUAACCACCCACCAUAAGAAAUUUUGAAUGCAUGACACCCACAACUUUCACUCAAAAGCUUGUAGGGUCUUUGCCUUCAUGUAACAUUCUGCCCAGUUGAAACCACAGUUAUUUUAAUGUUUUAAAAAUCUACAUCAAUUA